GCACAAACGAGCAACGAGGAGCAUGUUUGCGAAGGCCUUCAACUUGAGUGGCAACACACGCCUCAAGGGCAAGGACGUCAAGAAGCUUCGCGCAGACCUCCUCCGCGCCUGCGCCAUCGACGGCGACGUCGCCUGGAGCUACUUGGAGAAGGCGCCCAUCGCGCGGGUCAAGCUCGCGGCGCCGUCGCGCACGCUGCUCUACACGGACGCCGACAUGAACGUCGUCGCCUUUGACAUCCACGGCAAGGGCGACGUCGUGCCGACGACGUUCCUGCUGUGGCACGAGCCUGAGCUCCGCAGCCGCGUGCCCGUGCUCACCGUGCACGCGCCCGUGAGCCACUACCUCUUGCGCGGCGCCGACCCGAUGCUGCCCGGCGUUGUCCGCCGCUUCGAGACGCCGCUCGAGAAGGGCCAGCUCCGCGCCGUCUGCAUCAGUGGCAACCCGAUGCCAUUCGCUGUCGGCUCCAUGGUCGUCGACAUGGACCACCUCGCGUCGCAAGGCUGGAAGGGCAAGGCCAUGGAGCUCUACCACGUGUAUGGCGACGAGCUUUCCAAAAUGGGCCCGUCCCACAAGCGCUUUGUUCCGGAUGGUUUCUCCGACUCGAUCAUUGAGCCGACCUCUGAAGACAACGAGGAGCAGCCGACGUCGGUUGACGCGAUCGAGGUGCAAGGUCUGGGCGACGACGAAGCCAAGCCAGCGCAUGUCGACGAAGGUAGCGACAACGAUGACGAGACGAGCUUGAGUGUGCCCGAGAUGGACUCGCUCCUCGAGCGGUCGUUCUACCAAGCGAUGAAGAAGAUCAAGCCGAGCGACGCGCCAAUGCUUGGCAACCAGUUUUACGGCAACCAUGUGUUGCCGCAGCGCCCCCUAGGGUCGACGAUCCACCUCAAGGGCACGUCGUACAAGAAGUUCUCUGUCUUCCUCAAGGCCAUGGCCCACCACGGGUCCAUUGAGCUCAAGGAGCACGACGGCGUCCAGACCAUCACGCUCUUCCGCAAGACCCACCCGGACGUGGCGCGGCACACGUUGCAUCGAUCCGAACAAGACGCGAUCGACCAAGCUGCCGAGGAAGCGACGGGCGGUGCGUUUGUGCCGGGGCAGUAUGUGCCCGAGGUGCUCCAGCUCUAUCGGCUCACACAGCAGACGCAGUUGGUCUGCGACAAUGCGUCGCUCAAAGAAACCUUCUCCGCCAGUGAGCUCCGCAACAAGCUCAACGCGUACAUCAGCGCACACGGUCUUGUGGACCCGCGCGAGCCGCAGUUCGUCAAGCUCAACCCCGACCUUACCGACGCCCUGUACAAGAAGAAGCCCGACGCGGGGUACCCGGUCAAGCUGCCGCGCAAGGACAUUCUGACGCUCUUCCUGGACCGGCUCCGGGCGUACCACGCAGUGGUCUUGUACCCGGACCACGAUGCGAAGGAGGUGGUCGGCGACUUCAAGCCCGUCCACAUCAAGACGGAGCUCUCCAAGCGCCAAAAGCCCGUCACGAUCGUCUCCAACUUUGCCCAAUUUGGCAUUGACGCCGAGACGCUGGCCCACGACGCACAGAAAAAGUGGGCGUGCAGUGCAUCGGCGUUGCUUGCGUCCGAGAAGGCCAAGGAACUCGACGUGCACAUCCAGGGCAACCUUGCAACCGACGUGGUCACGUACCUCGGCAAGGUCUACAAGCUCCCGGCCAAGUACUGCGUGACCGAGUUUGGCAAGGGCAUCAAGGCCAAGCGCUAA